AUGAUUUUAAAGAUAGAGUUUUGGAUACCCCUAAACCAUUGUCUAAAACAGAUCAAGAAAAUAGAUAUUCUCUCUCAAUUAGACGAACAGUAGUAAAAGGAUUAAAUAGACGAUUAAUAAACGGAGGUGUGUUCGGAAAAAAAUCUAAAUAAAGAUAAUCUUUCAAAUGAUUAAUACAUUGUGGUGAGUAAGUUUAAAGAUCAUGAUGAAGAGGAAGAAGAAGAAGAUCAAAUAUCUAUAAAUCUUGAUGAUUUAUUUGAAUUCUAAAGUAAUUAUAAAGAAUAGAAGACUCAUGAUAGAUAAGAUAUUUCAAUAUAUGAUUCACUAAGGAAAAAAAUAGAUUUUAAAACAGCAUUCAAGAUUGUUGAUAUAGUAAAAUUAUAUGAAAAUAUAUGA